CAGCCUCGGUCUCGGCUCGGCCCCUCCCCCGCCCCGCCCCGGCUGCGAAGCGUCUGGAACCGCGUCCUUCCUCCGCACCCUCGUCCUGCGACCGCGUCCUGCAGCAGCUGCCCGUCGGAGCCGCCUGACGAGGACCACCCAUCACCAUGGUGAAGCUGGGCUGCAGCUUCUCCGGGAAGCCGGGCAAGGACCCCGGGGACCAGGAUGGGGCUACCACGGACAGCGUCCCUCUGAUCAGCCCCCUGGACGUCAGCCAGCUCCAGCCACCAUUCCCGGACCAGGUGGUUAUCAAGACACAGACAGAAUACCAGCUGUCCCCCCCGGACCAGCCAAAGAAGUUCCCCGACCUGGAGGCCCAGAAGCUGGCCUGUAACCACCCUGAGGAAGGACGCAGGCUGCCCACAGCGCGGAUGAUCGCCUUUGCCAUGGCGCUCCUGGGCUGUGUCCUGAUCAUGUACAAGGCCAUCUGGUAUGACCAGUUCACCUGCCCCGACGGCUUCCUGCUCCGGCACAAGAUCUGCACCCCGCUGACCCUGGAGAUGUACUACACCGAGAUGGACCCCGAGCGCCACCGCAGCAUCCUGGCGGCCAUCGGGGCCUACCCGCUGAGCCGCAAGCACGGCACGGAGACGCCCUCGGCCUGGGGGGAGGGCUACCGCGCCGUCAAGGAGGGACCCAAGGCGCCCACCCAGGCGGGGGCGGCGGCGGCGGCGGCGGCGGCGGCGGCCACCGAGCCCCCCGGGAAGCCCUCCGCGCCGGGAGAGAAAGAGGCGGCGCGGAAGGCGGCAGGCAGCGCCCCGCCCCCGGCCCCCCAGUGAUGGCCCCUCCGCACCUGCAGCCCGGCGCCCCCUGCCGGCACCUGUGACCGCCCUCGCCCGACGCUCUCCCAUCUCGUGGUCGUGCCCCUGCUUCCAGGACCCCUCGCUGACGCCCCCUGCCCCCGAGCUUGCAGCUCUGUUGCUUUUCUCUAAGUAAAGAUUCAUAUCCACCUGG